AAAUAUGUUUUACAUAAAUUAUGAUUUCAGGUUUCUGGUGUAAUUUUUAUUGAUUAUUGAAAUAUGAAGAAAUAAAACUAUCUUCAAGUCUUUGCAGAAUCGUUUUUCAAAGUUAGCAGUGAAGGAAGGAAGUAGGGAGCUUGGUGGUUAAGGAUCACAUGUUUGUCAGUAAGACGCUUCGCCUUUGCAAAGUUGUGCAUCUCUAGAAUGGAUGUUAUUUCCUUGACUAACAAUUUUUCUUUUAUUUUUUAAGCAGAUCAACUAUUAGAAUGAAGAUAGUUGUAUUUCUGGGGUUAGUGCUGACUGCCCUGCCUGCAGCGGCUAAAGUUUUCUUUGGACGUGUUGAUCAGAGCAUUACCUUGGAGUGUGGGAUCAGCACAAACCCGACAAUUCUGGAGUGGUUCUAUAAUGAACAGCGAGUUUUGAGAGUUGAUCACAAGGGGUUUACCACUAAAGCCCAAAGCAAUAUUGCAAAGAGGUCUAAAACAAGAGGGUCAAAUCUGGAAAUCAGCAAUUUGAAGAAGGAAGAUGCUGGGAAGUUUACUUGCAAAGCAAAUAGGGAAAGUCGAGAACACUGGCUUUAUUUUGUCUCAGUUGUUGUUACACCCUCAGGUGUUCUCCAGGAGGGCAGUGAUGCUUCGCUCCAGUGUGAGGUACACAAAUUGGACCAAAGAACUACAGUAAAGUGGCACAGACCAGAUGGUUCCAUCAUCAAUGAUAAAACAGUAGAUUUCAAACCUGUAAGGACUUCACAUGGAGGAAACUGGACGUGUGAAGUGACCGCUGAAGGAGGAGAGUCAUUUAAAACAUCUUUGAUCAUCACUGUGAAACCAUCUGCACCCACAACGACAAAGUCAUCCAUGAACUCGAUCACGAAGGGCAGUAAGAACACCACCUGUGUCAGCUGCACAACUGACCAUCAGCAAGGCUUCCCACGGUGGCUGGGCCUUGACUGGUGGAUUUGGGUUGCACUUGGAGGCAGUACUCUAAUUUUGAUUCUCCUGGUCAUUUCUAUUGUUCUCGUGUCCCGCAGGGCCAGGAGAAAAAAGAAAAAAAUGCAGAUGAUGAAGAAAGCCCAACAGCAGCAGAGGGCUAAGAAGUACUGCCAGUGUCAGAGCCGACAACCUGCAGCUAAACCUGCAGGAAAGUCACAGCAAAGAGGCCGAAGAGAGAAGCCAUCUCCUCUCCCGCUGCAGCCCCUGUUGACGGAGUGACAUGAGCCAAGAGAACGAGGAAAGAAUGCAAAUUCUCAAAGAAGAAGGGGGGACAACAGCAAAAUUAAAAAGAGUGGAACAGAAAGUAAUAGAAUCUGAGAUGAAUGUAAAAGCUUUGAGUUUUUCUUGAUUUAACAUGAGACUUUUAACUUUUUUCUUUCAUGUAUAUCUAUGAUUUUGUCCAAAUACCUCUUACAAUAUUCCAUGUUUUUUGUCACUCACCUCAGUGAAUAGAUUUUUUAUGUUCCUGCUGCCUUGCUUAGCCUCAAUCUGCCUAUUUGUGCUUCGAUUGUCAGAUUAUAGCAUCAAUUUCCUAACAUCUAGAUUCAUGUCAACAUAAUCAGGUAUGUUUCAGAGGUGGAACCGAGUCAAUGUUUUGCAAGUCAAAAAAAAAGUCUCAAGUCUUUGUCCUCAAGUCACAAGUCAAGUUCCAAGUCAAAGAAAGCAAGUCCUGAAUCUAGCCCCAAGUCAAAGAAGGGAGGUACUGACUCUUUUCCUAAGUCAAAGCAGUCAAGUCCCAAGUCAAGACGGCCAAGUCCCAAGUCCAAGUCAUUUCAUUGAAAUUCAUGUUAAGCAGAGACUAGACCAUGUCAUUGUUUUGCAAGUCACAAGUAAGUCUCAAGUAAUGUCUACAAGUCCUAAGUCAAGUCCCAAGCCAAAACAGGCAAGUCUCAAGUAAAGCCCUAAGUCAGAACAAGCAAGUCCGGAAUCUAGUCCCAAGUCAAAACAGGCAAAUGCUGAAUAUAGUCCCAAGUCAAAAAAGGGAAAUCCUGACUCUAGUACCAAGUCACAGCAGGCAAGUCCCAAGUCCAAUUCUCUCCAUUGAAAUUCAUUUUAUACCCAGAUGAGACCAUGUCAUUGUUGUGUCAAGUCAAAGCAGGGAAAUGCUAUAAAGUAGCCCUAAGUCAAAAAAGGAAGGUCCUGACUCUGGUUCCAAGUCAAUUCCCAAGUCAAGACGAACAACUCCCAAGUCCAAUUCCUUUUAUUGAAAUGCAUGUUAUACACAGAUGAGACCAUGUCAUUGUUUUUCAAGUCACAAGUAAGUCUCAAGUAUUUGUCUUCAAGCCCCAAAUCAAGUCCCAAGUCAAGACAGAGAAGGCUCAAGUCCAAGUCCUACUAUUGAAAGUUUCAAGUCACUUUGAGUCAUUUUAACAACAGAGUAAUACUAUUUACACAGACCAUGUAUGCUGAAAUGAAAUGUAUUUAUUUAUCAAAGCUUUUCAAUCAUCUUUUCCUCACAGUCUAACUUGAUUUAACUCGGCAGCGAGUAGUUACUUAGCAGAUAAGCUGGUGUCAGCCCUGUUUUACAAGUUACCAGGCUUUGUACAACCUUAAGUUUCAGACAUAGUAGGACAUAAUCAAGAAUCCACCCAUAAUAUUCAAACUGCAUGUUGAGCAAAUUAUUUUUGUUGACAUCUUCAAAAUUUUUACGCCCAAACAUAUUGACCUUGGGAACAAGAAAUUGACACCUUAUUUGAUUGUCUUCAUUGGUUUGGCUGCAAUUUGAUUGGUUGCAAGUGUGUUUACAUUUUGUCGCGUCGAGUCAUUAAAUCCAUGACUCAAGUCAGACUGGAGUCCAAGUCAUGUGACUUGAAUCCACACCUCUGGUAUAUUCUAUGAUAUGUUAUCUGCUUAAUCGUGAUGUGUUAACUGCAAACAAAAUAAACUUAAUU